GGUAAAAUUGACCGGACUGUCAGUGGACCAUCCCGACCGUUUUGCUCUAUUGCCCUCUUUACCGAAGAACGCGCGAAUGACGUAAUCAUGACGAAAGUGUGUGCAGUAAACAACCCUCUUGACAGGACGUUCCUUUAUAUCUUGCGGAGAGUAUUUCUGCGCUUGUACACACUGUAGACGAUGGAAUCUACCCCAAGCAACUUGCUUAGAACGCCACGUGUGGUUUGUCGCAUGGAUGGACGUGACAUAUUUAUUGAGGUUGAGGAGGCCAGCGGUCGGGGUACGCUUUGGAGUUCGGGGCGGGACCUCGUCAUUGAGCUGGGGACGAUGUUGCCCUUGGACCAUGGUAGGGUAGAAAGGGCGGUGGAAGGCCAAGUAAGUUUGGCCAGGAGGAGAGGGCGCCUAGGGUUUGUAUCUGAGGUCAGGAAGUACGGCCAUCAAAUUCUUAGUGAUUCGUUUAUUAAGAGGGUGUUGGCCGGUCCUGAAAAACAACGGAGGACCCCUGGGGCUUCACUGAGCGGGAGGCCCCGGGGUACUGUAGAGUUGCCCAGAUCGAGACCAAAGCCGGCUCCGAUCCUGACAGCGCUGGACUUCCCUGCGUUGCCAGCGCAGCUGGGAUCGGAGGGGGUCAAGGUUGAACCUGGGGUAGAGUCACUCGUUCCCAAUCCUUCCUCGCUUGACUCACUUGUGUUGCCAGUAGGGUCGGAGUGUGGGGGGGGUGAAGGUUGA